UUUUUUCUUUUUUUUUUUGUUUUAUUUUAUAUACUCUAAACCACCUCGCUCUCUCUCUUUCUUUUUGUUCUUUCUCUUUUCUUUAUUUAUUUAAAAUCCCCAGCAGACAUGUCCGCAGCUAUCAGACGUCAAGUUAUGAGAGGAAUUGCCUCUACUGCUCGCCUCACAGCUACCAGAGCAACCCCUGUUCUUGUGAAGCAUGUUACUGCACGCGCUUUCACUUCAGCAAGCGCUCCCAAGUUCAUUGCCCUUCGUGCUAUCGGUAAUCAAUUUUCUGUCAAGGAAGCCAGAUUCUAUAGCUCUUCCUCUUUCCCUACACAUAAUGUAAUUGCUAUGCCUGCUUUAUCACCAACCAUGACUGCUGGUGGCAUUGGUACCUGGCAAAAGAAAGUCGGUGAUGAAGUGGUGCCUGGUGAUGUCUUGGUAGAAAUUGAAACAGAUAAGGCACAAAUGGAUUUUGAAUGUCAAGAAGAAGGUUAUCUUGCAAAAAUCUUGGUCGACACUGGAGCCAAGGACGUCAAUGUUGGCCAGCCCAUUGCCAUCUUUGUUGAAGAUGAAGCUGAUAUUGCUGCUUUCGAAAACUUUACUGUGAAUGAUAUUGAAGGUGGUGCCCCUGCUCCUGCCGCUUCUGCCGAUGAAACUCCCGCUCAAGACGAGCACAAGAGUGAAUCUCAAUCACCUGCUUCUACCGAAACUUCUUCUGCUCUUUCUUCCGGUAAGGACGAAGUCGUCUCUUCUCAUGGUGGUCGUGUUUUAGCCAGCCCUCUUGCCAGAAAACUUGCUGACGAACGCGGUAUUGAUAUUGCCCAAGUGAAGGGUUCCGGACCCAAUGGUAUCAUUUCUAAAGAUGACGUUGAAGGUUAUAAGGCUCCUGCUGCUGCUGCUGCUGCCGCUCCCGCUGCCGCUGCUGCUCAAAUUCCUGCUGCUUAUGCUCCUCAAGGUGCUGCCGGUGAAGCCUACAAGGAUAUUCCUACUACCAGCAUGAGAAAGAUCAUCGCUACUCGUCUUAGCGAAUCUAAGCAACAAGUUCCUCAUUACUACUUGACUGUUGAAAUCAACAUGAACAAGAUCAACAAAUUACGUGAAGUUCUCAACAAGUCUUCUGAAGGAAAGUACAAGCUUUCUGUCAACGAUUUCAUUAUCAAGGCAUCUGCUUUGGCUCUUAAGAGUGUACCUGAAGUCAACUCUGCAUGGCAAGGUGACUUUAUCAGACAAUACAACACAGCUGACAUCUGUGUUGCUGUCGCCACACCAUCUGGCUUGAUCACUCCUAUUGUCACUGCCGCUGAAACCAAGGGAUUAUCCACCAUUUCCUCACAAGUCAAGGAUAUGGCCUCUCGUGCUCGUGAAGGCAAAUUGGCUCCUCAAGAAUACCAAGGCGGUUCUUUCACUAUCAGCAACUUGGGUAUGUUCGGUAUCAACAACUUCACAGCUAUCAUCAACCCUCCACAAUCAUGCAUUUUAGCUGUUGGUGGUGCUCAACAAAAGGUUGUCCCUGAUGAAACAACCGAAAGCGGCUUCGCUGUUAGAGAUGUUAUGGAAGUUACUUUAAGUGCUGACCACCGUGUUGUCGAUGGCGCUGUGGGUGCCACUUGGUUACAAUCUUUCAAGGGCUUCAUGGAAAACCCUCUCAAGAUGUUGUUGUAAAUAUAUAUAUCUCGUUAAAUAUAAUCCCUCUCUUUUUCUCUCUCUCUCCCUCUCUUUCUCCCUUUCUCCUCUCUCUCUUUCAUACAUACACACACCUUCUUCUUUAGUGUUUUUUCUUUUAUUGAAUAAACUUACACAGAAUAAUAUGAACUAGAUCUCCUAUACAUCAACCCAAACCUAUAGCCAUGUUGACUACUUCUCAUGACUACUUUUCCAUUCAGUCAUUGUUGAGUCAAGACAUAGGUGAAUAGUCAGUACUGCUCAGAGAGUAAAUGGUAGCCCUGUCAGCAGCAUUUCAUUCUGUAAAGUUCAGCUACAUGCCUGCGAACUAAUGUAAUAGAAUGAUUCAUGAGGAUUAGCACGAA